GUUUCGUCGGUGAUUAUUUAAUCUAUAUAUUUUCUUAGAAAUUUUACCACGACUAUUUAGGUACAGAUAUAGAUUAAGUAAACAGCAGCAUGGCUCACCGACUUUUCACCGCCGAGGAAGAAUACCCAGACCUAGAAAAUCACCACAGUCACAUGGCACAUUGUCUUACUGAGACUGUAUAUAAGCAACUGCGAGGCGUGGAAACUGAUAGUGGGUUUACCAUUGAUGAUGUCAUACAGUUGGGAGUGGACAACCCUGGAGAACCAUAUCUUAUGCCCGCUGGUUGUAUAGCUGGAGACGAGGAAUCAUACAGAGCGUUUUCGGCGUUUUUUGACCAAGUUCUUGAAGCAAGACACAACGGUUUUAAGAAGAAUGAUGUCAGUCGAAAUAACACUAUGUCGGAAAACGUCAAAGGAGGUGACUUUGACGGAAAGUACGCUUUGACGAGUUACGUUACAAGCCGAAGGAAUGUCAAAGGGUUUGCGUUACCUGGACAUUUUACCCGAGGUGAAAGAAGGAAGGUGGAAGCAAUUGCGAAGUCUGCGCUCUCAGGUUGCGACGGUGAGUUUGGUGGACAGUAUUUCUCAAUCAAGGGAAGUUCGGAUAAAGAUUUAGAGCAGUUGGCCGUCGUUUUUAAGCAGCCUAUUUCUGCUACCAGCCAGCCGACUAUUUUUGCGAGAGAUUGGCCGGACAGUCGCGGGUUUUGGUACAAUGCGAAGAAAAACUUUCUAGUGAAGGUAAAUGAAGAAGAUCAUCUAAGCGUGCUUUCUACUGAAACAGGGGGAAACUUGGUUCCAUCUUUUAGAAGAUGGGUCGAAGGUGUUGCAGCAAUCGAAAACGGAGUCAAAAAAUCAGGAAACGAAUUUAUGCAUGACGAACGGUACGGGUACAUUGCAACUUGCCCCACUAACGUUGGAACGUCUCUAAAAGUCGGGGUCGUUUUAAAAAUACCCAAAAUGAUGAAAUAUUGUCGACUGGAAGAGGCACUAAUGCGUUUGAGAUUGGAAAAGAUCGACUUGGGAGAUUGUGUUGAUGUUUCUAAUAUCGAUAGGAUUGGACUUACCGAAGUUGAAAUAUUGGAGCUGGUAAUAGAAGGUGUUCAGUUCCUUAUUGACUGCGAAGAACGACUGGAGAAGGGACAGAAGAUUGAAAAAUACGUCAAUAUAUUACGACAGAAGUAAAACUUUAUAAAGUUUAGUUUUUGCCACGACUGUAAGCUGGCAACAUAUAUGGUAAAUAUCACGUCACUUUUCUUGAUCCAAUUAAAAGUUAUGGGAAAGAAAAUAUUAAAACCCGACUUUUAAGGCUAUAUAAAAACAUUGCGCCACAACCAAUCGCUGUAUUGCGACAACUGUAAUUACUUGUGCUAGUCGUCAUUCUAAUGUACAUUUUGCUUUAUUUUUGGCCAUACGAUUGUAAUAAUUGUUACUCAUUCAUAUCGAGUUCUCGUGUUAACAGAAGUCUUUGCUACGGAAAUAAACGCUUAAAACAAUGUUG